AUGAAUGACAGCCUCACGGCUCCCGUUUCCGAAUGGGAAGUCAAGCUAGCUCUGUUUGCCAUGUAUCCAGACAAGGCACCCGGACCAGAUGGGAUGACUGCACUUUUUUAUCAGAAGUUCUGGGAUAUAUUCAAGGAGGAUUUGACUCUUAUGGUUAAUAAAUUCCUCACUGAAGGGUAUAUCGCUAAUGGGUUGAAUGAUACAAAUAUUUGUCUUAUACCAAAGAUAACAAAGCCUAAUGAUAUGGCUCAAUUCAGACCCAUAAGUUUGUGUAAUGUCAGCUAUAAGAUCGUCUCUAAGGUCUUAUGCCAGAGACUAAAGAAAGUAUUACCCGGGUUGAUAUCUGAAACCCAGUCAGCCUUUGUUGCGGGGAGACAGAUAUCAGAUAAUAUCAUGAUUGCACAAGAAAUGUUCCAUGCCCUGCGAACCAAACCGAGUGGACGUAACAAGAGGAUGGCCAUCAAAACAGAUAUGAGUAAAGCAUAUGAUAGGAUGGAAUGGUCGUUUAUCGAAGCUGUGAUGCGGAAGAUGGGAUUUUCUGAAACAUGGGUCACUUGGAUAAUGAGAUGUAUCACGUCGGUAAAAUACAAGGUUCUUAUAAAUGGUCAACCAAGAGGAAACAUUGUCCCAGUUACUAGGCAAGAAAUCAAAGUUGUACUUGGAAUUCAUAAUGAUGGGGGGAUGGGGAAGUACUUGGGAAUUCCAGAGGAUAUCAGUGGAUCCAAAUGUAAACUUUUUGCAUUUCUUAAGGAUAACUUGAUGCACAGAGUAAACGGGUGGACUGGUAGAUGGCUCUCGAAAGGGGGGAAGGAGGUAAUGAUCAAGUCCAUUCUACUCGCUCUCCCGACAUACGUCAUGUCCACAUUUUUUCUUCCAUUAGAGAUUUGUGAGAACCUCGCUAGUGCCAUUGCACAAUUUUGGUGGAGUUCGAAUCCCCCAAAAAGAGGGAUACACUGGGCGAAAUGGGAAAAGGUUUGUUUACCAAAAGAGGAAGGAGGAAUUGGGUUCAGAUUGAUUCACGAGUUCAACUUAGCAUUACUGGCAAAACAAUUAUGGAGACUAAUACAGUACCCUGAUUCACUCGUUGCCAGAGUGUUGAAGGGUAGAUAUUAUAGGAUGACCUCGCCAUUGCGAGCAGUCUCUUCUAGUAGUCCAUCAUAUGUGUGGACAAGUAUCUCCGCCUCACGGAAACUACUACUCAUGGGGAUCAGACAGAAGAUUCAUUCUGGCUAUGAAGUUAGGGUGUGGGAGGAUCCAUGGAUCCCAACAAGACCUACUAGACCAGCUAUACCUGUAGCGCCUGUGAUGAACCCGAACAUGGGAGUUAGUGAUCUCAUUAACCAGGACUCGAAGGAAUGGGAGGAAGGGACGCUACAGAACUAUGUCCAUCCUGGUGAUAUACCACUUAUUCGCAGUAUGGCCAUAAGCUCUACUCAUCGUCAAGAUUCUUUCUGUUGGGAAUACACGAGGAAUGGUCAUUACACAGUUAAGUCUGGAUACUGGGUUGCUCAAAAUCUGCUGAAGCCAGAUGAGGAAAAGCUGAUAGUGGAACCAAGUAUCACUAAACUUCAAGCCUUUGCUUGGAAGUUGAAAGCGCCUAGGAAGGUAUGUCAUUUAAUAUGGCAAUUGAUAACGGGUCAGGUGGCAGUAACAAGAAAUCUAGUGAGAAGAAAUAUGCGGUGUGACAACUACUGCCCGAGGUGUGGGGAGGCAGAGGAAUCUGUAACUCAUGCUAUAUUUGAAUGCCCUCCUGCUCUGCAAGCAUGGUCUUUAUCGACGACUCCAACAAGUCCAGGCAUAUUUCCAGCGUCAAGUGUCUAUACAAACAUGGACUAUCUAUUCUGGAGGAAAAAGAAUAUCAUAGCAUUAGACCAAGACAGGGAUCCUUAUCCCUGGAUAAUAUGGUAUAUAUGGAAGGCUCGGAAUGAUAAGCUCUUCAGGGGAAUAGACAGAGAUCCUUUGGAGCUAGUCCGAUAUGCAGAAAGCGAAUGCCAAGCCUGGUUUAGUGCAAACGAGUUGAUACCACCGGUAGUGCAAGACAACAACAAUGAGGAAAACCAAGUCUCAAGCUUGGGUAAUAUUUGCCUCCUGGAUGGAUCAUGGACAGCUUCCAAUAGCUUCAGUGGAUGCGGAUGGGCUUGGAUGGAUAGCGGGGAGAACAUACAACUGAUGGGUACACGGAACUUCACUCGAUGUGAAUCAGCAUUGCAUUCUGAGAUAGAAGCACUGCGCUGGGCGAUGGAGAACAUGCUUCAACACUCGCCAUGUCAGAGCUUUGGAACAGACCGUAAGGAGCUGAUUGCUAUGAUAAAUGAACCCCAAAAAUGGCCAAGAUUUGCGACAGAAUUGGAGAAGAUAGAGACACUGCAGAUUUGCUUUCCGGACUUCAAAAUCAUACAUGUUCCACGAAAAAUUUCAUGCCAUAAGCCAAUGUUUCAAAAUCUAACAUUGAGGCACGGCUCUGACUUUCCUCCACCGGAACCUCUCUUUCGUACUUACCACCGUGAUGGUACCCGUAACCACCGUGAUGCCCCACGUGGUGACCUCCCAUUGCAGCCGCCGCGACUGUUGCUGCAGUGCUUCUCCCGCUAUCAGUCCUCCAACUCCUCCUCCAAGGCCUAUUCACAUGAUCGGCAAAUGUCUCAUGCAAAGCAUUCAGUUAGAGGCUAA